UCUGUCUCUCUCUUUCUAUCCUGUGUAUAAUAGUUUGGCAUGAAUUGGAAACCCUAGCAUUUGAUUUUUGUCACUUGUUUUUAAGUUUUACAAGAAGAAAUCAGCAAUUUCGAGCGAACAGCAACAUUCCAUGGACGCGCGACGCGUCACACGCGCGGUCCCCAGGGUACGCCAAGUAGGCUUCUUCACCCCGAACGCGCCGCCGGAGCAACCGGGACCUGUUCGGUCUCAAUCAGGUCCUCCAAACUCCAGUUCGCCUCCACUCUCCGGUUCUCCCGCCAGCAACUCGCUCUCUCCAGUCAUGAUCCCGCCACCGCGUCACCUCUCAGACAACGUCGGAGCGCGCACCGCCGCGGUGCCGGUUCCCGGACGAGCUAACGCUGGAGACCAUGCGACUGUCGGAAGCUACAACCCGUCGGAUUCGGUGCUGGGGUUGGAGUCGCCGCCGCCGACUCGGAUUGGCGACGGAGAGUUCUCGGAGGAAACGGAAUCGUCGUUGGGAUGGUACCGUAGGAACAAUCCCGCGAAAUUUGCGUCGAGUUUUCCAGGAGGAGGUUUCGAUUUGUCUCCGGUGAAGCAACCAGAAAGUGUCUCCGGAGUAGAAGCUAAAAAUCAACCGCCUGAAGAAAGUAAAGUGCAAAAGGGACAAGCAUCAAGUUCAAAGCCUUCAAAACCGAAAACAACGAAAGCUGAGAGACGUGCCUUGCAGGAGUCUCAACGGGCUGCGAAAGUUGCUUCUAAAGCUGAAGCAAAUAAAUCUGGUGGAGGAGCAGCUUCUUCUAAAACUGCAAAGCAGCCAUCACAGAAGAAAGAUGGUCCUCCAGUUGCAUCUUCGAUUGCAACUUCUGAAAGAAUUGGAGUUGAUCGUCCAGCAGAGAAAGAGAGGAAGAAAGAUGUUCCUCCUCCGCGUAUGCAAUUUGAUGAUGAGAGUCGUGUGGGAAAGGCUAAAAGACGAUCUGUCUUGAAUCAACCUGAAGCUAGAAAUAGAGUCGAACUAUUUCGCCAUCUGCUUCCACACAUAAAUGGAACUCAGCUUCCUUAUUUGGAGUCUAAAUUUUUUGAACUUCAUGAUAAGCAUCCUGCUGUUUACAAGGUUGGAUUGCAGUAUUUGACUGGAGAUUUAUCUGGAGGUAAUGCUCGUUGUAUCGCAAUGCUGCAGGCAUUUCAGGAAGCCAUUAGGGACUAUUCCACACCACCGGAAAAAACCCUCAUUAGAGAUUUAACUUCCAAAAUUGGUAGUUUUGUUUCUUUCUUGAUUGAAUGCCGCCCACUUUCUAUGAGCAUGGGAAAUGCAAUCAGGUUUCUGAAGAGUCGCAUUGCCAAGUUACCACCAACUCUCUCUGAAUCAGAAGCAAAGGCGGCCCUUUGUUCUGACAUUGAUCGUUUCAUAAAUGAGAAGAUAGUGCUUGCUGAUAAGGUGAUAGUUAGACAUGCUGCUACAAAGAUCAGAGAUGGCGAUGUUCUUCUGACAUAUGGAUCAUCGUGCGUUGUUGAAAUGAUUCUGCUCUAUGCCCAUGAGCUUGGGAAACAGUUCCGUGUUGUUGUGGUAGACUCACGUCCCAUGCUUGAAGGCCAAAAGCUACUUCGUAGGCUGGUAGCAAAGGGCCUGAGUUGUACAUAUACUCAUAUAAAUGCUAUUUCUUACAUUAUGCAUGAAGUCACACAAGUUCUUCUUGGGGCUUCCUCAAUAUUGUCUAAUGGGACUAUAUAUUCGAGGGUUGGGACUGCAUCCGUUGCUAUGGUUGCUUAUGCAUAUCGUGUUCCAGUUUUGAUCUGUUGUGAAGCAUAUAAAUUUCAUGAAAGGGUGCAGCUUGAUUCAAUCUGCUUUAAUGAGCUAGGUGACCCGGAUGCCAUAGCGAAGGUCCCUGGAAGAGUUGAUGUGAAUUAUUUGGAUAAUUUGACUGAUAAACAGAACGAAAACCUCACACUUCUUAAUUUAAAAUAUGAUGCUACUCCUUCAGAUUAUAUCUCUAUGAUUGUCACAGAUUAUGGCAUGAUCCCUCCCACGAGUGUGCCUGUCAUAGUGCGCGAGUAUCGGAAGGAGUACUUGUUGAUAUAGAGUUACAACAUUUUUGGAUAAAAAGGAAAGCUCUCCUCAUUGAUUCAUAAAAGGAAUCCAUUUUUGGGGGACGAUGGAUCCAUGUUUUAGGCUUUUUUAUCACUUACUUCAUUACCCUUUCUGAUUCAUUCUUUACAUCAAAAUCAUAAUUUUAUGCCACGUCAAAUUGACUCGAAUCCUGGAAAGACAUUAGUUCUGGUAAAUAGAACAAGUUUUCGUGUUUUCUUGUAUUGGAUGCUGAUAACUUUCCCUGUACAUGCAUGUUUGAUUUGCAAGUUACACCAAUGAUAGCCUAAGAGUUUGGAGUUUCUCUUUG